AUGGGAUCAAAUUGUUGGAGCGGAGUAAGCUUAUCUUUUUCUGCCGAAAGCUGCAGAAUUUCGUGCUUUUUCUCCGUUGGGGUUAAACAAUCGGUUCUCUUCAUGAUGCCGUGUGUUAACCCUGACCCAUUAGACAAAGAUUCUGAGCCAUUUGUUGAGACCGAUCCAACUGGUCGCUAUGGUAGAUACAGUGAGUUACUUGGGUGUGGUGCUGUGAAGAAAGUGUACCGUGCAUUUGAUCAGGAAGAAGGAAUAGAGGUGGCUUGGAACCAAGUGAAGCUGAGGAACUUCUGUGAUGACCCUACCAUGGUGGAUAGACUUUACUCUGAAGUGAGGUUGCUCAGAAGCUUGACCAACAAAAACAUCAUUGCACUUUACAAUGUGUGGACCGAUGACCAGCGUAACACUUUGAAUUUCAUCACUGAGGUUUGUACCAGUGGCGAUUUGAGGGAGUACAGGAAGAGGCACAAGCAUGUUUCCAAGAAGGCCCUCAAGAAGUGGUCUAAGCAGAUUUUGAAAGGGUUGAAUUAUCUGCACUUGCAUGAUCCCUGCAUUAUUCACAGAGAUCUCAAUUGUAGCAAUGUGUUUGUCAAUGGGAAUACUGGCCAGGUUAAGAUCGGUGACUUGGGUUUGGCAGCAAUUGUGGGCAAGAACCAUUGUGCUCACACGAUUCUUGGCACACCAGAAUUCAUGGCUCCGGAGUUAUACGAUGAAGACUACACAGAGUUGGUGGACAUUUAUUCAUUUGGUAUGUGUGUGCUAGAAAUGGUGACACUGGAAGUUCCUUAUAGUGAAUGUGACAAUAUUGCUAAGAUAUACAAGAAGGUGUGUUCUGGAGUUAGACCUGCAGCCCUGAACAAGGUCAAAGAUCCAGAGGUGAAGGCCUUCAUUGAGAAGUGCCUUGCUCAGCCAAGAGCUAGACCUUCUGCAGCUGAGCUUCUGAAAGAUCCCUUCUUUGAUGAGAUCGUCGAUGAUGACGAAAGUGAUGACUGUGCUUGUUCUUACCAGGAAAAUUGUCCUUAG